AUGUCGAAACUGCUCGUCUUGGACGGCGUGGGCGAUGCAAGCGAUGCAGCGCGAUCUGCCAUGGCACACAUCGCUGGGCAUGCAUACGACGUACAAGCAACCGAUGCCAGUGUACUUGCAUGCGAUCCAUGGGCGCAAAGCACAGCGCUGGUCGUGCUUCCCGACGCAGCGCCCGCCGUGUAUACCGAAGCCAUGCAGCGUGUGCAUACGCUUGCAGGCGGCAAAAAGACGCGCGUACACGCUGCUCUGCUACCAUAUAUUCUCUGCGGCGGCAGCGUGCUUGCUAUGGGCGGCGCUGCAACGUUUGCGUGCCCCGACAUGGCCGGCGAUGCAUCGAUGCACGGCGGACCGAGCGCGGUGCUUGGCCACGCGUGCAGCGCAGAGGUGCUUGAGACGUUUGAAGGUGCGCCUGGGCGUGCCUCGCGCGUUGUGCUGUGCAGGGUAGGCCAAGGUAAGGUGCUCCUUGUGGGCUGCGGUACACUCUGUGCGAACAACGCGCCCGCCCUCGCGCCGUGGCUCGGCCAAGCGCUUGGCUUGGACGUGGCUUCUACGGCACCGCGCAGCAUCACAAACCCCCCGCGCCUCACUCCGUGGCUGCUUGCGAGCCGCUCACAGGCGUUGCUCGACCAGUUCACCGCCCCCCUCACUGCGUCCCCUUUUUGGGACAUUUCCCAGCGCGCGCCGUUUUUGCACCGCGCACUGAGCGCGUGGCGCCUUGUUGCCAACGUGCACGACACACACAGCGACUACGCCAUCGUGCAGUGUGCUGCGCCGGCAAAAGCACUGCCCGCCCUGACUGACGCGUGCCUCAAUGCGGACUAUGCAUUGUACCAGGAUGCACUGGCGCGGGUGCCCAACGUGCUGGUCGUGCUGGGCCCCGAUGCCCGGUUGCUGAUGCCGGACGAUGCAGCGCAAGCGUCGCGCGUCGCGCCGUACUUUGUUCUUCCGCACUACUUUGACGCACUGCAGCGCGCGCGCGCGGCCAUGCGCCAUUGUCCCAUGCCGUGGCCGCACACGCCGAGCGAACAAGUAGGCGACUUGCUCCUCUACGGCCAAGUGGUGACCAGUACGCAGACCAUGCUGGAAAAAAAUGCCGCGUUCCUGCGCGCAUGCCCGCUGGGCACGACGCUUGUGGCCACGCACCAAGUCGCGCCACGCGCGCGCGGCAGCAAUGCGUGGAUCUCUCCGUGUGGAUGCUUGCAGUUUUCCACACGGCUUGCGCUCCCCGCGCGUGCCGGCGCCAAGGCCGUGUUUCUGCAGUACCUCGUAGCCCUCGCUGUGGUGUAUGGCCUGAGCACGCUCAUGGGCCCCACCGGCGCCUGUUUGCAGGGCCGCAUACGGAUCAAGUGGCCCAACGACGUGUACGCGCAAGUGCCAGAGAAGCCUGCGGAUGGCGUUUGUGUCACACGCACCGAGCACGGCGAGACGCGUCACUAUGUCAAGAUCGGCGGGAUUCUCGUGCAUGCCUUGUACAUGCAAGGGAAGUACGAUUUGGUCGUUGGGUGCGGCGUCAACUGCCUAAACGAGCAGCCGACGACGUCGAUUAGCAAGCUUGUGCGCGCGUAUGGAAGCGGCGAGGUGACGCAGGAGCAGUGCGCGGGCGCCAUUUUUGCCGCGUUCGACUCUCUUGUGCACGCCUUCCAAGCGGCGCACUACAGUUUCGCGCCGUUUGCCAAGGCCUACCAAGCCGCGUGGCUCCACGACGACCAGGAGAUUGGGCUCGAGGACCAUGGCAACGUGCGCGUGCGCGUUGUGGGCCUCACUAGCGACUAUGGACUCCUGCGCACCGCUCCCCUCGGCGCUGCUGUGCGCGCGAGCGACGCGGAGGCAUGGGGCGACGCGACACAGCCCGGCUUUAUCGAUCUGCAGCCCGACGGAAACUCGUUUGAUAUGCUGCAAAACAUGAUGCGUACCAAAACAUGA